AUGUCUGCAACUCCACCCACGCAACGCCUAAACCCGGUGAUUGACAUUGAAGCGAACCUGGUCACACAUAAAAUCGACACGGAGAAGGAGUUCAGCGGUGAUGAUGCCUGGAAAUCUCUCCUCGCCCACGGUGAUCGCAUCUACGCAUCUCCAUUCAAUGCCGACCGGAUGUUAGUGGUGGACGUCAACAGCCCCAAGCUGGAGCCCUCCAUCGAAGUAAGCAACGUGGAUUCAGGCCAACAAAAAUGGAAUGGCAUGGCCGAGCAAGGCGGCUUCAUCUUCUCAGCACCGGUGCGCGCAGCUGCCAUCCUCGUGGUAGACCCUAGCAGCGGGAGCACUUGGGGCAUCCCGAUCCGCCCAAGCUCUGAGGGAGCCACCUUCAACACCAUCACCGCAGUCCGCCACGGUGUCCUGCUGUGCCCGGGAUCACGCAAAGAUCUGCUCUUCCUGGACUACGCGGACCGCAUCGAAGACGCCAUCGGCGGCAAGAAGUCCCAGCAAGAGAGCGCUGGCUCAUGCAAUGCAAGUAAUUUCAGAUUUCCAUUCUGA